GUGAAAUAAUAUGGGCUAUGUUUUCCAUCUGCUUUCUUGAUUUUUGCUAGCCCAGAGAGUCUACACACACUUCUAUACCUCAUGAACAAAAAGGCUGUCAUGGAGAGAAUUAGCAGCACCAAUAAUAGGAGAAACAAUGAUGCAGGAAGAAGCAUGAGAGACAUCCACAAGCUUAGAGAUGACAGCAAUGGAGAUUUACUGGCUGGGUUUUCAUGGCCUCCAAGAUCCUACACUUGUAGCUUCUGUAGAAGGGAGUUCAGAUCUGCUCAAGCUCUUGGUGGCCACAUGAAUGUUCAUAGGAGAGAUAGGGCUAGGCUGAGGCAAUCCCCCCCACCCCCAAGAGAGGGUCACCAUCACUUCUCCUCUUCUUCCUCUUCUUCCUCACUUCUCAACCUCAAUCUUGACCCUAUAACAGCAAACCCUAACCCUAUUUACUCUCCACCACUGAGGGCCUCACCCCCUUCACCCCCUCCAUCAUCAAGAAAGUUCCCAUGUUUUAUUCCCACAUUGCCCCCAUCUUUGGUCCCCUCCUCAUCUGUUGAAAUGGGGAAAUGGAGCAAAGUGGAGGGCAUUCCAGUCAACCAUCACUUUGUGACAAAUUAUAGGGUCAAAGGUUACAAGAGUGAGCUUGAGGUGGUGAUGAAGAAAGGAGAGAUUGCUAAACUGGACUUGAAAAUUGGGUUUAAUGAAGAUUUGGAUUUGGAGCUUCGACUUGGAUGCACUUGAUCAUAUUAAUUGAACUAUUUCAUUAAUAUAUAUGAAUCUUUAUUCCUAACUUCCUAAGCUAGGAAUGAAGUGAAGUUCAUCAGCAGAAGGGAGAUAUGUGAAAAGAAGAGUAAUUAAUCAGAAGACGCAAUUCUUGAAUUAAUGAGUUACGUUGUUUAAUUUGGUUACUUCUAGUUCAAUUUUUUAAUUCUCUUCCUCAAUUGAAUCUUCGCUUCCAUGUGAAUGCUAGAUUUACUGUUCCGAACAUAUCUAUAUAUGUAUGUAGUAGCUAGGAUAUUAGACCAUGAUCGAGUAUAGCUAUGGUCCUAAUUAUGUUUUAAAAUCCUUAAUUAAUUGCUGA